AUGGAUAUUAUUAAGGAUUACCUAAAUUGUUCUGUUUUAGUAGAAAUUAAUGGACAAGUAAAUCUCAUAAGUAGAUUUCUUUUGGUUUUUGAUAUUUCUCAAAGUCAUGUUGUUGAAUGUAAUGGAGUUAUAUUACCACCCCAUCUUUGUAUUGGAACUAUUUAUGAUCUUUUUGUUAAAGAUGACGGAGUAAUUAAAUUAAAACUAAAAGAUGAAAUUGUAGAUAUACAAAACGUUCAAAAGAGUUACUUCGGAAAUCUUUUUCCUUUUUUAAAGAUUUGUUGUGGAAUGAAUGACGAUUUAAUACAACAAUCAAUGAAUGAAAUGAAACCACAAUUAUGGGAACGUCGUAUAUUAAAAACACAAGAGGAUCAUCUUUUUUUUGAAAAAUUAAUUGAAAAGUCUCAAAAAUCGAUAUUAUUUAAUGUAGUUUAUCUUGAAGGUAAUCAAGUUAAGUCAAAUCCGUUUUGUCUUUCACAAACAUUACUGGUUAGUAAAUUUAUUCAGAAAGCAAUGGCCCAAUUAAAAAUUAGUUUUUCUACUAUCACUAAUCAAGGAAUUAACCUUCCAUCAUUUAUGGCUGUUGGUUCAUUUAAAAAUUAUUUUUAUGGCUCUGAUCUUAGUAUCACAGUUGUUUUGAAAUGA